AUGUUUUUUUUUCUUUUCAGAAGGGAUUACAAUGGAUUUUUGAAUGCUCCAAAAUACGAGGUUGUACCGACUCUCAAACGUUAUUUUUUGCGGGAGCAGAUCAGGAAAGCGCGCAAGAAGGGCAGGGACACGUCAUAUCUGGAGGCAUCGCUAGCCUAUGUGGACGUAGAAGAAGCGGUGUACAAAGCAGAAGAAGGCGCUUUUACACUUGAAACUUAA